GUCGUUCCGGUAGCUUUAACUAUCAAGCGCAGUUCAAUUAAAAGAAGCAAAAUCUUGCUCUUAUAUACAUAUAUAAAACACAUAUUUUACAUAUAGAGUUACAGUAAAGUUGUAAUACAUUUUGCCUGUCUUGUAAUAACAGGACUUCGUAUUUAUAUUGGGAAAUGGACAACCAAGAAGCAGAGGAAAUACCAAGUGAGGAUCCAGUGGACAGUGACAAUAUCAAUAUGACGGAGUUCUCUGAUGAGAUCUUGCUGAACAUUUUGAAGUUCGUCCCCACCCAUGACGUGGUUCUCAGCGUCAGGAGGGUGUGUAAGAAGUUUGCCAAUUUGUGCCUGGACAAGAGCCUCGUCUCCACCGUGCGGCUAACCAGGGACUACCAGGCAAGUGAUGACAAAGUUAAACAAAUGAUCAGAGAGAUUGCCAGUCAAAUCCAGGUGCUCAACAUGAGCAGCUGCUACUGGCUGUCUGGGCCAACAGUUGACCAGAUGUCCAAGUGCAAGAGCCUGGUGAAGCUGGACCUGUCUGGAUGCCGCUUGACCUCCUUGCGCCUCUCCAAGAUCCUCUCCUGUCUCCGGGCCCUGCGUUCCCUCGCCGUCGACAUCAGCCACGGCUUCGACUCCAGCCAGCUGAGCAGCGAGAGCAAGGCCACGCUGAGCCAUGUGACAGAGCUCAAGCAGACGCUCCACACACCCUCCUAUGGUGUGGUGCCAUGUUGCACUAGCCUGGAAAGACUCCUCUUGUAUUUUGAAAUUCACGACUUCACCAGGGAGGGGACUAUGGUUUCCUGCCAGCUGAUGGUGGGCCAGAGCAGUGUCCCACACUACCAGAGCCUCCGUAUUUUCUACUCCAGGCUGGCCCCGGGCUACGUCAAUCAGGUAGUCAUGAGGCUGUACCUGACAGUGUUCAGCAUGCGCAUCCCACAGAACCUGCGGGCUUUUGUCAUCUCCAUCCCUGGGAAUUUCCCCGAAAGCGGGGCUGCAGCCAAGAACCUCUUGGAGGGCAUGUCCCAAAACGUUGCCCUCGAAGCCCUUCAGCUGCCUAAGACCUGGGUGGACGGAUCCUGCCUCCCACACAUCCUGAAACUCAGCACGCCCUCUUAUUUAAAUUUUAGCCGCUGCCUGGUUUUCGGGAAUCAGCUGAUCCACAGAAUGGUGCAUGACGGCAAGGACCUCAAAUCCCUGGUGAGCUUGAACCUCAGCGGCUGUGUCCACUGCCUGUUGAGAGACUGCAGCCGCAAGGCCGAAGAUGACAUUGACUGCGACACUGUGGAGACCCUCGUGAAUGCUUGCCCUAACAUAAGGCACCUGAACCUCUCUGCGGCGCACCACCAUAGCCCUUCCCAUUCUGGGAGUCACCUGUGCACAAUCUUAUCCAAACUGAAGCACCUGCGUUCUUUGGCGUUGCCAGUCUGCACUGUUUCAGAGGACGGCAAAAGCUCUGAUCAGUCGCCGAGCAACAGCCUGCAACCUGUAGCUAAAACUGCUGUUACUCUGGGGCUCAUAAAGAGCGCCCGGAUAGGCGUCCAGACUUACAGUCCUAGAAACAGCUCGGACCAGUUGGGCAGGGACCUGCCCAACUCCAGCUUCAAGGUGCUGCUCGACAGCGCCUCUCUCUUGGAGGAGUUGGAGCUGAUCGGGUCGAGCUUCUCCUCUUCCAUGCCGCGUAACGAGCCCGCCAUCCGCAAGGAGCUGCCGCCCUGCAUGAGGGCCAGGCAGGUUGGGGACGAGGACAUGGCAUGCGUGGGGUGCCUGGGGCUCCUGCAGAGGCUGACCCUGGCACAGCUCCCGGGGAUUGUCAAUGGGGCCGGACUGGUACAUGUUGGCUUGAAGUGCCAGGAGCUGCAGGUUCUGUCUCUUGCUAACUUGGGCAUGCUUAAAAAAGUAACUUACAUGCCCUCCCUCAUUGAAACACUCAAGCACUGUAAGCAGCUGAAAGACCUCAGACUUGAGCAGCCUUACAUCAGCGCUAACUCGCAGUUUUUCCAGGCCCUGAGCCACUGCCUCUCCCUUCAGCGCCUCUGCAUCAUCUCCCGCCACGGGACCUUCCAGCCGGACGCGGUGAUGUCAUUCAUGGCCAGCUGCCGCGAUGUCAUUAUGUGUCACAUGUUUAUGGGAGAGACCUUGGUGGCUUGCAAAAACCUGCAGCAGGCACUUCUUCAGAGUUUUCAGGAGGAACGUCCCGCGUUGAACGUGAUCAUCUACCCCUUGCUGCAUGAAGGGCUGGCCAACGUAAUCCGCGAUGCCCCUCUGGUUCACCUGGAGGAGAUCACGCUGUUCAAGAGCCGCGUGGCAGAGGACCCGCCCCGUCUGUGGUGGUAGAGGCAGCUGCACGCUCUGGAAACAAGCGGACAGCGACAAGCAGAGGCUCUUCUGGGGCAGAACUGGCACUGCAACCGACUUCAAUUAUAGCAUCCAGGUAGCCCUUCUGUUCAAAGAUAACAUAUGAGACCUCCGUUCCAGCAAAAGCCAACCCAGCACCAGAUUCACUCUUGAACAAUAAAAUAUCAGAACUUUUUUUUUUUUUUGGUGUUUGUUUGACAGUUUGUUUUUUUAAGAUCUCUUUUCCUCAAGGCCCUCAUUGCAUUUGUGAGGGGGACUCCUGCUGCCUGUAAAUUUUCAGAUUGUUUACUUUUGGGUCUGAAUCGCACUUGAAAUUGCCACACUUUCAGGUGUGUUUGCAACUGAUGUAUAUCUUGCUGUCUCAACAGAGCUCUUAUGCUGAUACAAAAUGUGCACUGCCUGUCGGGGCCACAAAGUAGGGGACUAUUACUGUUUGAUUACUUUUCAACCAGCACUGCUGUCACAGCUGUCGUCUGACUCCCGCAGUGAAUAUGAAUGUGAAUACAAAGGCAAAGUGUAUGCAGUAUGUAUCACCUUUGUUAAUGGCUCCACCAGUAAGGCUUGGAAGCCAUUGGUGGUGUGAAUGUUACUGAUUGCUAAUUUUGUAUUGAUCAAUAGUAAUUCUGUUUGCAGUGCAAUCUGGUGCUUCUUGAGAAGAAGUAAUACACCACCUGACAAUGAAACCAAAUCGCUCUAUUUUUUCCCAUAAUGCAGCUCCCCUCAGCCUGCCUGCAAUACACAUUUACAAUCAUCAGGGAAGAGCUAGGCGGUGUAAAGGUUAGACUCCUUUUUAAGAAUUCAGUUGCAAAUAUUGCUGCACUCAGCGUGACGUAAACAACUGAAAAGUGAGAUUGAGGAAAGUCACACUACCUUAUUGUGGCUCAGUUCUCCACUGCUGUCAGUCUGGGCCCUUUUAGAAAGCUACAGAUAACCAUGUGCAGGGUCUCAGCUGUGUUAUCCUGGGUUAAUCACUCAAUUUUAAAAAGACUCCUUUUAUUUAAAAUCAGUCUGGCUUUGUAGAACACAUAUCUGCAGUAAACACACAAUGGAAUAGACUAGCUGCCUCUUUGCUUGCGCAUUAAGGCACCACCACACCCCUCUUAAAUAUUAUAUUUAACCACUGCAAAAAACAAAAGCUAAUCGGUUUCCACAGCCAAUCAAAAAAAGGGGGCCUUGUGAUGUACCAGGGCCAUUGUUCUGAAGUGUUUUUUUUGUAUUUUUUACAUAUGAAAAACUCCUUCUAGUAGUUCACAUAGUGUUAUAGUUUCGUUUCAUGUACAGCGUGUAGUGAACCAUGCUUGUCCACAUGCCUGUUUUUCAGUACCUGUUCGGGAACUUUAAUGAAUUGUAUCUGUGCUUUUUGUUAGGUCUUCUUCCAGCUCUGCUACUCUGGGUGUGCUUGCUUCCAUAAAGAACACACUACAGGAGGUCACUAAAAAUCUGACUUGUUACAUCUGUGAUCCAGACUGAGAACUAGUGAUUUUAAUAAAAUGGAGAAAAAAAGA